AGUGUAAAGUCAGCUGUGAGUACGCGUUGCUCGAGAGUACAGUCGGUAUGGAUUCAUCAGAAAAGAGUGUUUGACCUUUAUAAGGAGUCCUCAUCCCUUGACUUUUCUAGUGUUUUGUCCUACCACUUUAGAUCAGCGGUUGGCUCAUUUUUUCUUUCCAACGCGCUCUUCUGUUGAAAUUCAGCGUUCCCACUUCAAAACAAGACUAUCCUCGAAGUUGGCAGCGAGCGUGAUGUUUUGCCGAAAUCAAACAGCAAGAGCCACCGUUGCCCGCGGCUCGGCUCUUGAAAUGGAGAUACGACGAGGAAAGUUCAGAAAGAGCGUUUUCCUGGACACAUCACAGACACCUAAACAAGGCUCCCUUUAUCAUGAAAUGGUUAUUGAGUCUUCUGAUGACCUCAGCACCACAGUCUCAGACAUACUGGCACGGAGGAUGCAGGAGCUGGAGCUCCGCAGUCAGCUGGGAUCGUCUCCCACAUGGAUGACUCUGUUUGAGGAAAACAUCCCACAAAGCGCCAGUCGCCCUCGUCCCUGUGAUUCUCGCCUGUUGGGCCACAGCCCUUGCUCCGCUCGCCGCCCGUCCCGAAGCCCCAUGAGCCCACAGAGGUACCCACAGCUGGGUCUGUUAUCCUCUGAUGCAAGUCUGACUUCAGACAGUGACAGCCACUGCAGCACCAGUCCCUGCUCUCAGCAACAUGCCUGGCCUGAUUCCAACUUCGCUCUCCUGACAUCAUCUUCCCCAUCCCGUUUUAGGCCGCGCACUUUGUCUCUAGAUGCAAAACUCAGCACCCUCAGAGGGCGGGGCUAUGGGGCCUUUCAGUGCUCCUGUCAGACUCCUCCCUCUUCUAUUGUGAAUCCUCUUCAGACAUCUCAGUCCCCUCUGUCUUUGUGCAGCACACAAACCACUCUCUCCUGCUCAAGCUCCACCUCCAGUAACAGCUCCAGUAACAGUGACGGCAGCCACAGCCUGGAGCUAUCCGAAGGAGUCCCCUUUUCAAGGCCCUCCCCAGCUCGCCGCAGUCUCAGGAACUUACGAGCCAGACUUGAUCCUCGCAACUGGCUCCAAAGUCAAGUGUGAGCCUUUUGGCCAUGGGGCAAACUUAAAUUGUAAUACACCUGGCUUAAUAUAUGUGAAACCUCCGACAGUCUGCUAAGAUCUGAGUACUGCUCCAGGACAAACUGCAUCUAUCCUGCUUCAUAGAAGAGCCCUAAUGGGAAUGGCUUCUAACACAAAAUAGAUGACAAUCAUCUUGGUUGCUCUGCACUUUAAUGGGUUAUAAAGUAGUGGGGGACAUCCCCACUAAAUCAAAAUACGGUACAGAGAGUUUUCUUUUAAAUAUGUGAGGUACUUUUGGGAGAGAUGGUUCAUGAUAAUGUAAAGCUCUCUAAUUGGAGCACAUUUUGUUCUAUUUGUGUGUCAGCUAUACUGGCCACCUAAAAGUUCUAACUAAUAAUGCACUAGCAGGUCAUAUUGUGGUACAGUUGUGCAGUGUUGUUAAGAGAGCAAAUUAGCAUGUGCCCAGAUGAACAUUUGAUGAGAAUGUGUUUUCACAUAAUUGUGUUGCCUAUACUGUGAGAACUGUUUCAGUGUAUUUUUCUCCUCAUCAGAUUAUACACCGAAGCCCUUAUAUUUUUAGCAUAAUUUCACUGUCAAAAUGCUAAACGUCAGUAUGUGGACGAAAGCUUUGAAUGCCCACACACUUACUGUACUAGUCAUUACUGUGUUUACCUGUACAACCUGAUCUGAUCCAUUUUUGCCAAUGUUCGGAAGUAUUUCUCCAUAAAUAGGUUACUGCUAUUAUCUACAAUGCAAUACCUCUAUGUACAAGGAAUCGCUAAAAAUAUAUUUCAACAUGGCAAUACUAGAUAAUAUUAUAGUAUUGGAGAAUAGGUAUGUAUGUCUUAUUUAAUUAAGUUAUUUACUUUGUCUUUUAAACUCAACACAAAUACUUCAAUUUCAUGAGUGUUACAUAUGUCAAAUGUUUCCAUGCAGCAUUUUCUGUAAAUGUAAAUUAGUUUUAUAUACUAACAAAUAAACCUCUUCUCUUUAUAUUUUGUUUGUACAUAUUCUGAAGAUGUGAUUUGCAGAGAAUGUUUCAAUGGAAUCUCGUUGGCAGGUUUUCUACUCUGCACGAUCUCAUCCUGUAUGAAAUAAGAAAAUGUAAAUAAUAAUUUUAAUAAAUGUGUUGCGUUUAACUAACUACUAAAGAUACAUGGCAGUAAAUUGAAGCAUGUAACUUGCAUCUUCACACACAAACCCACAGACCUGCUAUAUGAGAAGACCAAACAUUUUCACUCUUGGUUUCUGGUUCUCCUUUGGCUUUAUAACUUU